CCUUGCUUAGGAAGAAACAAGAAAAGGGUGUGCAUAGGUAGAAAUAUAAAGCUGUACCCUCGGUCUCUCCGGACCCUUCGUUCUCUCAACGGUUUUUCGGUAGAUAUUAUUAGGGUUGGGGCAUCUCGAUCUAAUCUGCUACGCUGGCGCAGUUCUCGCUGAUCGAUUCCUUCCCGCCGAUGGAGCUUCGCGCUAGCGAGCGGGAUUUUGUCAUCAAGGUGAAGUAUGGUGACACACUUAAGCGAUUUAGUGCUCAUGUCCAUGGAGAGGCAAUUGAUCACAACAUGACUAUACUGAGAAAGAAGAUUGUUAGCCUGUUCAAACUCAGUUCAGAAGCUGAUCUCGUCCUUACCUAUAUUGAUGAAGAUGGUGACGUGGUAGCACUUGACGAUGAUGAUGAGUUACAUGAUGCUGCUAUUAAUCAACACUUAAAUCCUCUUAGAAUCAACAUCUGCUUGAAAUCUAAUACUAGUGCAGUGUCUAACCUAAAGAAAGAGAAUGCGAGUUAUGCAACUGCUGUCCCUGAACAAGAAGAGAGCCAAUCACCUGAAAUAAUUUCAAUUAUUAAUGAGGUGCUAAAACCUGUCCCUGAACCACUUCGAUCUUCAUUUUCCAAGUUUUCUACUGAUUUCCUUCCAAAGAUUGCAUCAUCUUCACCAGUAGUAGCUGAUAUAGUAGACCACAUCGCCAAAUUAGGUAUACCAAAUGUCAGUCGGUCUUUGAACAGUUCAACUGGUGAGCCAUCAGAAGUACCUGAUCAAGUAACAAUUCAGCCAGUGGAUCUUAACGUCAAUGAAGAAUCAAAAAUCCAAAAGACUUCUGCUCCAACCUCCACAAUAUUAUCUGAUCCAGUUUCAGAGCAGCUGCGCGAGAAUCUAGUUUGUGCAAGUAAGGUUGAUAUAGACAAGACUCAGGCAUCUGUUCAUAGUCCCAAUUUACCAGUAUUUGAGCAAGCGUCUGGGAAUCAAAUUAGUAAUGUUGGUCAUCAUGGGAAAUCUGUCAUAGCUGGGUCUCCUCUCUUUGUGCCUCCUGCACAGACUGGGAUACAGAAUGAAGACUAUAAUCCAUCUGCUCAAGCUGGGACAAAUGCCGUUACUGCCAUGAUGGAUGAUCACAAGAACGAACAAUUUCCAAGUGGUGCAGCUCCUGCAGGAACACUUAGUGGUUUUAAUUUUGAGGGUGACAAAAAACAGCCCAGUACAGCUGACUUUCCCUUUUUGAAUGGUGCAAGGCUUAUUCCACAGCCAAACCAAAGAGAUGAUGGAUUUAUUGAUAAUCUGCUCCAUACUCGUCACAGGGGAAUUAUAUGUGAUGGUUGUGGAAUGUACCCUAUUGUUGGUCCACGAUUCAAAUCUAAUGUGAAGGAUGACUAUGAUUUAUGUAGCGUUUGUUUCUCUAAGAUGGGCAAUGAAGCUGAUUAUACUCGGAUUGACAAAUCUUAUCGAUUCUCUCAUGAAAUGAUCAAGGAUUCUUACCGUGCACAUUCUAGACAACGAUCUUCUCCACACCUUCCACACCUACAUGGUUUUGGAGGGCCAAGUGCAAAGUUAGAGAGUCUUUUUAUUAAAGAUGUUACUGUGUCAGAUGGGACCCUGAUCCCUCCAUCAACCCCAUUUACAAAAAUAUGGCGGAUGAGAAAUAAUGGUGUUACUCGAUGGCCUUAUGGUACACGGCUUGUUUGGGUUGGUGGCUAUCAAUUUGCUAACCUAAACUCGUUUUUAUUGGAGAUUUCAUUUGAUGGGCUUCCUAUGGAGGAGGAAGUUGACAUUGCUGUUGAUUUUGUUUCACCGGCAACACCUGGGCCCUGUAUGUCACACUGGAGAUUGGCAACACCUUCUGGACACAAGUUCGGGGCAGAAGUUUGGGUGUUUAUCCAGGUAGGUACCAGUCAAUGGAGCUCUGGUAGUGGACUGAAUUUGAAUUUACCACCCGAAAGCAGUAUUCAGGGUCAGACUGGAAUUAUCGAUAUUAAUGCAGAUCCAAGUGACAGCAUUUCUCCUGAAUCCUUACUCGACCAUAGUUCAGACAAACUAAUGAAACCAAUGAUUACUGAUGAAACAUCAAAACUUGAUGCUAACCCCAAGACUAACGAAUCCCCCACAGCUGGUGUGGUUCCCCUGUCAGAUCCUAUCAUUGAUUUAAUAGCAUCUGAGGACGACCGUUCUCAACCGCUGCCACUGCCUUCCAUGCCGGUUGACAACACUGUUGAGGAUAAAUUGCUUGAGGAAUUGGAAGAAAUGGGCUUUAAGCAGAUUGAGUUGAACAAGGAAGUUCUCAGGAAAAACAAGUAUGACCUGGAGCAGUCUAUAGAUGAACUCUGUGACUAUGCUGAAUGGUAUCCACUUCUCGAAGAACUUGAGGACAUGGGUUUCACUGAUAGGGUGAAAAACAAGAAGCUUCUCAUAGAAAAUGGUGGUAGCAUUAAGCGAGUUGUGUUGGAUCUCAUUUCUGGAGAAAGAGCUUAGUGGUAUAAUAAUUACGUACGAAGUCUGUAAAUAACUGUGGUUGCUUGGUGAUUAUGGUGCUGGCUUCUCUUUAAAUACACCUUGAGACUAUUUAUUACUAGCUGCAGUAUUAUUUGUUGGCAUCGGAUUUUGGUCCUUUAUUUGCCAGGUAUAUUUUGUGGAUGAUGGUUUUAUCUGGUGUAUUACGAGAAAAGACCACGUAAUUAAUGGUAGAUUGCUUUCUUGUUUGAGACCA